GUCUGUGUGUUUCUUCAGUCUAUGAUCUGUACUAAACUUCGACGUUUUCCCGUUGAUGGCAUCACAUACCGUUGCAAUUUCUGCCAUUAUACGUAAACAAAUUAAACUUCAAUUGAAAAUAUUCUAAUCGGCAACCGUUAAUGUAUAGUAUUUCUUCGGAAUUUGCGACAUGUAAAAGAAAUAUUUGAUUGUAAUUUUGUGUGUUGUGAGCACGCAUAACAGCGUAUAUUCAAGUACAACUCAUUGGUCGUGUCAACGUAGCAGGGGUCACAUUUCGAUUAAUUGUUUUGACCGCUCAAGCACGUGUAUAGUGACACAUUAUAAGAAAGUAUCAUUGAAAAAUGGCUACGACUGUUAAGGACGAUACGAUGUCUGCGAAAGAUGCAAUAAAAAUAUUCACGGACACCAUAUGUUCCUUAAAUGAAACAGAUCAACAAAUUUUUUUGUCAUUUAUCGCUGAUAACUGGAGGCCUGAAGAUAUAAGAAUGCGAUCACUCUCACAAAAGUUUAUAGAUGGUUAUUCUAAUGGCAGCGAUAUACAAGAAGAACGCCUAAGAAAUAUCAAACAAAUUGUUAUUGAUAUCAGAGAUAGAGUACCAUUUGAUAGCAUAUUGCCAUCAGAAAACAUUGUGGCACCAACAGUUGGAGAGAACACGGAUUGUGAUGCUAUUUCAACAAAGCACAUUGAUGCUUUUCUUUAUGAUAAUAAUGAGGUUGACGACCUCAUUCAAGAAGGGAAACUGGACAAUCUGUAUUGUGGCAAAUGUGGAUCUACAAAUGUGAAAACAUAUAAUAUCAUAUCGCAUUCCAUGUCAGUGUCUACAAUGGUCUAUGUAUUCUGUAAUAUUUUACCAUCUAUGGAUGGAAAAACUGUUCUUGAUAUAGGAUCUAGACUGGGUGCUGUCCUCUAUGGAGCACAUAUAUUUUCAUCAGCACCCAAGAUCAUUGGUGUUGAAAUGAAUAAAGAUCUUUGCACAUUGCAGUCUGACAUCAUACAAAAGUACAAAAUGAAUGACCGCAUUGAGAUUGUAAAUAAGAGGAUUGAAGAGUGUCCAGAGAUUGUACAAAGUAGCAAUGUCAUUAUCAUGAACAAUCCAUUUGAAUUCUAUGUUCCAGAUUCUGUGCAUACAGAAAUCUGGAAAUUCUUAAAAGCUAACAUCCAAAAAGGAACGAUUCUCGUCACUAGACCAUCUGUUGAAACAACUUUCAAGACUUUAAAGACAGGAAUAUCGGUAAAGAAGUGGCUAAAACCGUUUGAGUUAGACAAAAACGCACAAGACCUACAGGUAUUUGGAUCUCUAGUGCUAGAUCCAACUGAGUAUUCUGAUAUUACUUUCUAUGAAGUCCUGUAAAACCUAAGAUUCUAAGGGAAAAUACUUUUCUAAAAUAAAAGUUUCAGGAAAAGAUGAA